GAAACGAACCAAGCCCAUUUUCAGUCUGUCUUUUGUCUGUUUCUUAUCACUAAAGGAAGGGAGCGGAAUUUACAUUUAAAGAAGGGGAACGCGGGUUUCCAAUGUAUGUUGCGGUUAAGAUUGUUUCCUAUGUAAACAAGAAAUAUGUUGUCGGGUUUCGUGGCGAGGUCCGUGCCCCUGGGCUGCGGCGGCGCGCGAUGGCGCGCGGUGGGGGGCACGCGGUGAGUACGUGCUAGUGGCGGCAAUCCAUCAGUCUAAGGAUUAACUCAGCGUGCCGGCUGAACUUGGACGAGCUCAAGGUGCACUGGUGCAAUACUACCUGCCGAGAUUUGCUCUGCCUUUCGUUUGGCAGCCAUUUGAUCGCACUUCGAAGCUGCAGACAUGUUCAGCUCAGCUAACGGAGCGAGAUGAUUUAGGAAAAAGAGGGAACAAACUGAUCAGGCUACUGUCUUUAAUGUGCAGAGAAGAUGGCUCUCUCUUUGGAGCUCAUUUAAAGACAACGUUGAAACCAUUUUGUUUUGCUGUUCUCCAAACACUGCAGGUACACUAUCCCAUUAUAGAGGGUUGCGUGGGACAAUAAUAUAUUUUAGUGUUUUCUUCAUUUCCUUUUGGCGUACAAGCAAUGCAAGCCAAUUGGCUCUCGUCUUCCUGAGUGGAAAAUAUUAUUUUUAGAGUUUCGCACAAGAAACCCGUUUGCUGUUAGCAACCGUCUAUAAUUUAUAAUCCUUAAAUGAAUGCCAAUAAUGGAACACUAUUCUGUGGGUUUUUUAAAUAACACAACGCCCAUAAAAUGGCUUGUGGCCCGCAGAUGGCUUCUGCCACGCGCAUUCUAGGCAACUCUUUCUAGUCCUAAGCAAGAAACGUUCAGUUUAGACACUGUGCAAGAAGCUUACUGCAGGCUGCAAGGAUGUUAUGCUCCUUACAGCUGUCAUUCUGGAUUGGCCGUUUAAGUGCAUUAAAAGGGAACGUGUUCAAUAAAUGCUUGAUUAUUUAACCAGAAAAUUUUCAGCUAUCAGCUUGCAAGGUCACUCACAAGCCUUCUGACUGGGCUUGUUUUCAUCGAGUUGCCACUGAAGAAUCCGAGCUUCCUGUGGUUUACAGAAGAUGCAGGGAGUGUGCGUCUCUAAAAAUCUAACAUUGUGUGAUAAAGUACGAUUACCUUCUUAAACCUAAGGCAUUUUGUCAACAGGCAGCCUGGGAGGAAUUCAGGUCCAGGGGCAUGCAUCUCCUGCAUUCGGUAUCUUGUCGCGUUGGAGAUCGUUUCUAGCUGGGAUUGCUAAACUGCCUGCCCAGAGUCUUGGACACUCUUAACCCCAUCCCUCUUGCACAGGAGUUAACAGAUCGUCUCAUUGGAGUGAUCUGCACGGAUUAAAUACAUGGCGACGUGACUGCGAGGCUCAGGUUGACUUAACCAGAAUGCUGGUGCUAAAACCAUGGCAAGGGGCAAAGAAGGCAGAAGUCAUUUUACCAGACUGUCACGUUAAAGCGAAGCCACCUGGCUGUGAUAGUGUACGCAGGUAACAAGUCCUACAGUCGGCGUUUCCCUUAGAGACACAGGAUUUCCUGAAGAUUGUGACUGCUUCCUGGAUAUUUAUGGUCACUGAUUUCCUGUGUUUCAUUUUCUUUCUUUUGUGAUUCCAGUCUCUGCUGCCUGUGAUGAAUACCUGUCUUUCAGCAAUCUUCAGUCUUCUCCAAGAUUAAUCAACAUUCCCCACACAAGAGGGGAGCGUACUGCACCUUGCCAUUUUGUCUCAUCCUACUCAUCUCCUGCAGCAUGUAACAUCAUGACUCAAUGGUAGCACUCUCACUGCUGUGCUGCAGACCAUGGGGUCACCUCCCACAAUGGGAAUUUGGGAUCCAACCCAACACUGAUAUUAAGCUACAGCAUUCGGAAUACAUACCCAAAUUACAAUGGAAAAACUGCUAUUCUAUCUGCUGUUUAUCGGCACUGCAGUAAAAGCCCAGAUCUGUCCAAAGCGUUGCAUUUGUCAGAUUUUGUCUCCUAAUCUUGCAACACUUUGUGCCAAAAAAGGACUUCUUUUUGUGCCACCAAAUAUUGACCGAAGGACAGUGGAGCUACGUUUAGCUGAUAACUUUGUUACUAGCAUAAAAAAGAAAGAUUUUGCCAACAUGACCAGUCUAGUGGAUCUAACAUUAUCUAGAAAUACAAUUAGUUUUAUUACACCACAUUCAUUUUGUGAUUUACGAAACUUGCGAGCUUUGCACUUAAAUAGCAAUCGAUUGACUAAGAUCACAAAUGAUAUAUUUACUGGAAUUGCAAACCUCCACCAUCUGAUACUUAACAAUAAUCAGAUAACUACAAUUGCAUUUGGAGCACUGGAUGAAGUACUUGCCCUGGAGGAACUUGAUUUAUCGUACAACAACUUGGAGACCAUACCUUGGGAAUCCAUUGAAAAGAUGAUAAGCUUGCAUACUCUAAGUUUAGAUCAUAAUAUAAUUUCUCAUAUCCCUAAAGGAACAUUUUCUCAUCUUCACAAGUUAACGAGGCUAGAUGUCACCUCAAAUAAACUACAGAAGUUGCCACCAGACCCAUUGUUUCAACGAGCUCAGGUGCUAGCCACCUCAGGAGUUAUAAGUCCUUCAAGCUUUGCAUUAAGUUUCGGUGGCAACCCUUUACAUUGCAACUGUGAGCUGUUGUGGUUAAGGCGUCUUACAAGGGAAGAUGAUUUAGAAACUUGUGCAUCCCCUCCAUUAUUAUCAGGCCGGUACUUUUGGUCAAUUCCAGAGGAGGAAUUUCUUUGUGAACCUCCCCUGAUUACUAGACAUACUCCUAACCUAAGAGCAUUGGAGGGUCAGCGAACUAUUUUGAGGUGCAAAGCACGAGGGGAUCCUGAGCCAGGGAUUCACUGGAUUUCCCCUGAGGGAAAACUUAUUUCGAAUUCAACCCGUACUAUAGUUUAUGACAACGGAACACUUGAUAUCGUAAUAACUACGGUAAAAGAUACAGGUUCCUUUACUUGCAUUGCUUCAAAUCCAGCAGGUGAAGCGACUCAGACAGUAGAGCUUCACAUAAUUAAACUUCCGCACAUGAGUAAUAGUACUGACAUUCAUGAGCCUGAUCCUGGUUCUUCGGACAUUUCUACAUCAACAAAGUCAGGUUCCAAUGCAAGUAGUAGUGUUGGUGAUACUAAGCUGAGUCAGGAUAAAAAGGUAGUAGUUUCUCAUACAACAUCUUCUACAGCUUCAAUAAAGUUUAACUUUCAAAGGAAUAUACCAGGUAUACGCAUGUUUCAGAUCCAGUACAAUGGCACUUACGAUGACUCACUUGUGUACAGAAUGAUACCACCCACGAGCAAAACAUUUCUAGUCAAUAACCUGGCUGCUGGAACGCUGUAUGACUUGUGUGUCUUGGCCAUUUAUGAUGAUGGGAUUACCUCACUUACUGCAACAAGAGUUGUAGGGUGUGUCCAGUUUACAACAGAGCAAGAUUAUGUUCGUUGUCAUUUUAUGCAAUCACAGUUUCUCGGAGGAACAAUGAUUAUCAUUAUUGGUGGAAUUAUUGUAGCAUCAGUGCUUGUUUUUAUCAUCAUCCUGAUGAUUAGAUAUAAAGUUUGUAACAAUAAUGGAAACGGUAAAAUUACAAAGGUUAGUAAUGUUUAUUCUCAGACCAAUGGGGCUCAGACGCAAGGUUGCUCUGCGUCACUUCCUCCAUCUGUUUCUAAGCAAGUUGUGGGGCUUGAAGAAAGUAUCCAGUGUCAGAAAGUUCAAAGUGAUUGUGCAGCACAACCCUCAGACAGUUCUUCAUGCCAAGAGUGUUCCAUUUCUACCUCUACACUACCACCGACUUGGAGUUCUAGUGCAUCUUCCUCCUUAAAGCAGAAAAAAAAGGCUAUGACAAAACCUAUGUCUGAGCCACAUACUGAGGGCCAUACCAGUAUUGAGACACAAAAUACUAAUAGGAAUAACUCAACUGCAUUGCAGCUGGCUGGUCAGUCAGUUAUUAUCAGAGAGACCUCUGCUACAAGAAGACUCCAUUCAAAGCCAAGUAAGUUCCUUACUUUGCCAACAGAAUCCUAUCGAGCUAGGCGAAGGUACUCCCUAAAUGGAGAAGUAAUGGAAUAUCGUUGUUACGUUAAUACACAGCAGACUGGUGGACUGUGGUCAAAAAGGAGCUUAUCUAUGAACGGGAUGUUAAUACAGUCAGAUAACUCUGAUAUAGACAGCGGAAAAGCUACCUGCUCCAGUUCUGAGUGGGUACUGGAAAGCACUGUGUGAUUUGUUUUUUUUUUUUUUUUAAAUAAAAAAAAUGUGUGGAAACACUACCUUGUAGAAGUCUGAAAUUCAAAGUUCCAGUCCUUUUGAUUGUUUAUGGCUUUUACAUGCAGUGUUGCAUAUCAACAACCAUAUAUGUUCACAAUGUUUUGCUAGGAACCAGAAAGUGACACUCAGAGAUAUAUAAUGACAAAGGAAACAAGAAGCAUGACAUAGUACCAGUGCCUUCCUUUACUCUGGGACUGGCUUCCUGGUUCUGCAUUAGCAGGAACAAAAUAAUGAAAAGUUUUCACACAAAAGCCUUUCCUACAGGAAAUACAGUUUCCUUCUGCAUAAAAAAGACCAUUUAUCAAUCUAUUAUUAAAUUGAUAUUUUUAAAACAUGAAGAUGUAAUUUUUUUUCAGUGAUUAUUAUAAAUACACUGCCUCUGUUUACAGGUACAUUCUGUACAGACAAAACAACUUGGUGUUGUUAUAUUGUGUAAAAUAAAAUAUUCAGUAAGUA